AUGACUUCGCCCUCCCCCGUCACCCUGAGCAGCUACAUCGACGGCGACAAUGCCAUCUCGCGUGCCGCCAGUUACACCGACCUCCCUAGCCAGACCGAAGGUCAUCAGCCAGGGUUAAGGCGAACCUUCUCGGAUCACGCCGUACCCACUCUUUCCUCACCGACAAAAGAAAGCGUGGCCGCUGGGAAAGACAUUUUACGACGGACAUCCUUACGCUCGAAAAAAGCGCCGCCCGUGGCCGUUUCACACUUUACACUGUCGUCGUCGGAGGACCUCAAGGACACAGAAUCCCAAUUGGAAAACCCCAAUGCUUCCAAGGUACCGGAGACAAGGGCCCCAGAGCGGGCUGCGCGCCCCUCGAAGGGCCGCUCCAUGUCUGGGCGCAUAGUCAGCCUCGCGCGGAAACCAUGGAGCUCUUCCUCUCGAUCCCCGUCCCCGUCAGCCAAGAGAUCUAAGCAGCGGCUCGAAGAACAAUCUCCCACCAGAACCCCUACAAAGCCCGGAAGAAAGGCCGAGGUGGCAGACUCAGAUUCGGAAAAGCCCUCUCGAAAACGAACCAUUCUGUAUAAACGACCGCGGCGCCCAAUGCUCGCAGUGGUAGCGAAGGGAGGAAAUGAAGACCCUGGCUCGCCCAGCAGUCCGUCUGGCGCCUCGCUACGAAACAAGACCUCCUUCGAGAAAUUUACGGCUUCCUUGUCCGUCUCAACACCAAUUCUCCCACCGAUGCCCAAGGGGGCUGCGGCAACGGCGGCAGCAGCAGCCCAUGCGAACAUUGGGAGUGAACAUUCGCGCAAAAAAGACGAGCUCUGGGGGAUUUUCCGCGGCCUCGAAGCAGAUUACCAAAAAUUCCAGUCCAAAUCGAGCUCCUUGAAAGCUAAUGUCAUUCGCACCUCACUUCUCCCUUUCCUCAGCCGCCAUCAUCUUCAUGGAUCGUGCAAGAACCUCCGGCCUGAAGACCUGGAUCGUCGGGUGAAUAUUCUCAACAAAUGGUGGAUUGGCAUGCUGGAGAUGCUCAAUGGCAAGAAUAACCAAUCGAUCUCUGGAACAGACAGACCGGUCUUUCUGGAAGCGAUUGUGGGUAUAAUGACUCGACCAGAAUGGCGCAUUCCAUUCCCUACGAUGCACCCAGAUGGUGGACCUGCGGAUUCGUUGAAAUACGCUUCAACUUCGGUAUCAGAAACGUCCGAUGGAUCAGGCUCGUCAGGAUCAGACUUUCUGGUUGAGUCGAUCCAUCACAACAUUCGCAACAUCUUUGUACAAAAUCUCCUGUCGCAAAUGCAGUUCGUGGUGGAACGAAUGUCUAUGAGACACGCUCCAGCUAGUUUGGUAGCUUUCUGUGGAAAAGCGUGUGCUUACGCCUUCUUUUUCUGCCCUGGGGUGUCAGAUAUCCUGGUUCGUUUGUGGAAUACGUCUCACACUGUGUUCCGACGCAUUUUGCUGGAAUCUGCCAAAUCUCGAGUUGGCAACAUGCGAGCCUUUACACAGGAACUUUCUUUGAGCUUCCCUGCAUCUUUGCGGCCUCUUGCCUUCCACUCCCAUGGGCAUUUGCUGCGAUAUCUGCGCAGUAAACCAGAGGCGCCUUUAAACACCGCCAACAUCCCUUGGCACGGUCCCUGGAUAGCGCGCUGGUGUGGCCGUGACACGGAUCUCUUCUUCGUCUUUAUCAAGUUUAUCCAUAUUCUGUAUGCCGAGUACCUGCCACCGGAGACAGAGAAAGCCAAGCGGAUACUGGCACCUGGGCUGUUGCUUGUUCACGCGCAGCUCCUUGUCGCUCUGGAGGACACAAUCUACAAGCAGUCCAUGCAUUUGAUGCCCGAAAACCCUCAUUCUGCAGCUGCAAUCACCUUCGAUGACUUUAUCGAGUCGCCAGAUGCCUCGGCCUCGGCGCAGGCUCUAGGAGGUCCAAGGAACAGUAACCGGUCUAUGGCCGAAAAUCGUCUGGUCAUUCUCCUGCGAGACUUCCUUUCCGAAGGAUCUUCGGAACCAAACCGUGCUCGAUUGCUCUAUGCCGAGACAUUCUGUAGCGUCCUCAAGAUCUCUGCGCAGCGGGUUUCCCUCUUUGAUCAUAAUGCAUGCUUCCUUUUGUGUGAUUUCAUCGAAGAAAUUAUCCCGAUCAUCACACGAUAUGCUCAGUCCAUUGAAACAGAGUUGUUUGAUUGGAGCUUUUGGCUUGAAGUCUGUCGGCAGAUGAUGCAGAGUCAUAACUCACUUACUGAAGUCCGGGUGUUCUCUUUCUUAUACGGUGUCUGGGGAACCUGGACUGCCGUGGAUGAGAGAAAAGCUGGACUGUGCUUGGAUUUCUUGUUACACGAGCCCAUCUUCUACCAUUACUUCAACCACUGGAGUCCGAUGGUACGCGCUUACUUCCAUCGCCUUCUGUGUUGGCGAAUCGGCCGAUUUCAUGAGGAGCCCUCGGCGCUUGACUCAACGAUAUAUGAAACCCUCUCUGACCGGCUUCUCCGAGUCUGGGAGUAUUAUAUUGGAUUCCAGUCCAAAGCCGAAGAGGGUUCUACCGCUCCUUUAUCCUCUGCUCCCUGUACACCAGCCCCAGGGCGCCGAAUCAUAAUCAUUCGGUGCGACAACCAGAUGUCUCCAGUGAAUCUCUUCGUCUCGUUCGACCGAGUUGUUCCACCAACCCCGUCAGGCCAAGCCAUGGCACAUCGAAGAACCGGCUCUACAGACUCGAAUGGAUCCGAUGGUCAGCCUGCCAAGAAACGAUGGGGUCUUCUUCGUGCCAUGUUUAGCACCUCAAGCACUUCAGGCAAUCGGUCCACAGAAAGUACGGGGGGCGGCAGCAGCUCAGAUGAGUCUGAAGGCGGCGCCGACCUGACUGUGGUGCCCGAGAGCAAAUGCCUGGAAGAGCACGAGCCGACCCCAAACACCAGCACGGACGAGCUCAUUCGACCCAAGACUCCUCACCAGCCGUUCUUUUUCAAGUUCUCCCUAGAGUGGAUGGACCGGCCGCAGUGGCCUACUAAGAAUAAGCGGCUUUUCACUCCCUGCCUCCCAGUCGCUUCUCAAUUACACGUGCAGCACCGGCGCUCUCCAGCCAAGUCAAUCACUGAGUUUGACACGGCGUCAGAAGGGGCGUCCACUGCAGGGAACACCGUGGAUGAAAACCCGUCCGAAAUCUCGACAGAUAAAGACACUGUUCCAGAACCUGUCCUCGAACCUCUCACAAGGACAGCAACAACCAAAGACUCCCCCCUCCCAGAGCUACCAUCCGCCCCGGCUUUCGACCACCUUGUGCCGAGCAAAUACGCAGGCCGUGCCCUGGCCGAGUGGGCACACAUCGUCUCCGAAUGCGACAGCUUCUUCGCCCGCCGACGUGACGAAGGCGUACCAACUGACCGAAUGGUCGAGACGCCAACCCUAGGCGUCGAUAGCUUCAGGAAAUAA